AUGAACGGAUAUAUCAAUCAACAACAAAUACGAUUAUUUUCAAGAAGCACCAAUGAUGUAGUGGAUUCAUCAAAGUCCAAGCAAACGGAUAAUAACGAAAAGUUUGACCUUUCAUCAUUUUGGUAUAAGCUUCUCAUUCCUAUUGCUGUCGGAGCCAUCUAUUGGUACAUCAAGAGAUGGGAGAACAACAAGGCAAGAAAAGAUUUUGAUUAUCUCCGAACCUAUCUGGAAAAGUAUCAAGACCAGAUUGCAGAACAGGCUCUUAAAGCUGGAGUAGAAUCUUUGACUCACGAAGAGCACCAAGAUAUAAUGUAUCAAAUCAUUUCACAGUCAAGUGAGACUGGAAAAUAUUUGGUGGAGUCUUCUUUAACAGGCACUCCACUUUUUGAAAUGAACAUUCGCAAAAUUGAGAAUGUGAAAACGUUAAGACCUCAUCCACAAAUUGAUGGAUAUGUGAAAUAUGCAUUGUUUGGAGAGCUUUGGACACUAGAAGAGCAAGAAUCAUCCACAAAAUUGAACGCUUCAGGGAAGAAAUGCUUCGAUUCAAGAGAUAUAACACUUAACAUUCAUUUUCCAAUCAAGAUAUUGCCAAAAACAAAGAAUGGAUCUAUUCUGGGCCAUUUAGAAGAUAAACCGCUUGUUUAUUUGGGCCUUAAUGUAAGAAUGAAGUCGAUUGAAAAAGAUUUUACCUCUGAAUCAAGACCAUCACUAGUGAUUUCUAGAAUUUCUAUUUCUCCAAUUACAAGAUAUUUUCCGACCAUACAAGGGCUAAGAGAACAACGUCUUUUCGAUGAAAUUGAAAUCGAAAAAGCAAUUGCACCAAACGGUAUUCAUCAUGCAACGGAUGGGCUUCAUAACGUUACUUUUACAUGCAAUUUUUACGAGUAG